AUGGUUCAAGUAGUCGAAAAGCUAUUGAAGGUGGCCACCUUCAACAUUCGGUAUUCGCCGCUCAAUGUGAACAACACGGUUUCCACGCAAGUUCCCAACAACGGCACUGGGGAGGACUUGUGGUCGAACCGACUACCGCUGAUAGCGGAUCAGAUCAAGUGGGAGUCGCCGGAUAUUGUUGCACUUCAGGAGGUCCUCGGGCAUCAGUAUGUGGGUCUCAAGGAUCAGUUGAUCCCAGCCCAAUACGCCUCCGUUGGGGUGGGCCGGAACGAUGGAGUGACGCGAGGCGAAUAUGUGCCUCUGUUUUGGAAGACCGAUCGGUUCAAAGCGCUCAGUGUUCAAUACUUUUGGCUUUCCGACAAGCCCGACGUGCCCGGCUCGGUCGGUUGGGAUGCUGCUGAACCUAGGAUGGUCACUUUAGUCACUUUAAAACCCUUGUCUACAGGCGCGAGCCCGGAUGAUCAGUCCAACCAGCCGUUUUAUGUGAUGAAUACCCAUUUCGACAAUGCCGGCCAGAAAGCGCGGACCGAAUCCGCGAAACUAAUCUUGAAGAAGGCCAACGAGUUGACGUCUGAGAAAGGGAAGCCAGUGCUGUUGAUAGGGGACCUGAACUUGGUGCGGGAACAGUCAGCAUACCAAGUCCUGACGGGGAAGGCAACUGACCAACCUGCCCACCGAGCCAGCGACCGGUUUUUCCAAGACUGUGGCGAGCAAGUCGGCCGGCCCUUCGGGGCCCAUAAUGCAACCUUCACCGGCUUCCAACACGACCCAGAGGACCUGAUGAAGAUCGAUUACAUCAUGACUAUGUCAAGUCCACCCAACCUCUGGCAAACUCUCAAGUACGGUGUCAUUCCUAAUCAGUUCCAGAAUGAGUCAAUCGUUAGCGACCAUCGAAUGGUAUCCGCUGUCAUACAGAUGGUUUGA